AUUUUGAGGCUAUGGACAAUAAAAUUGAGGCUAUGAAUAAAAACUGGGGCGGGCUAUUGGGCGUGUCCGCCUUAUAAUGGACAACUAAUGACUAUUGUGGAUACUUUUACCUUUACUAGUGCAGCUAAAAACUCCAGUGGAGACAUCACCAACAGCAAAAAAAGUACUGUAAUUAACCACUACAUUUUUCAACACCUUUCUACUUUCACGUGACAUUUUUUGACCCACUUUGGCCUGUCUCCGCCAGCUGCUCUCCAUUUCCAUUUCCAUUUCCAUUUCCAUUUCCAUUUCCCACCACCCCUUUUCCGCCCAAUGCCUCCUCCUUCUCCUCCCAAAUUAACCUCUUCUCCUUUUUAAACCUUCCUUCACUCAAAUUCAAAACACAAUGCUUCUUUUCACACUCUUUUUCUUCCUCACCUCCGCCGCCGCCGGCACCCUCCCUCCCGACGCCGCCUCCCUGCUGGCCUUCAAGUCCUAUGCCGACCUCGACGGCAAGCUCCUCUACACCACCAACGAGCGCUUCGACUUCUGCCACUGGCGCGGCGUUAAGUGCGCCCAGGGCCGCGUCGUGCGCUACGCCGUCAACAGCCUCGCCCUCCGCGGCACCGUCUCCGCCGCCUCCCUCGCCGGCCUCGACCAGCUCCGCGUCCUCAGCCUCCGAAACAACUCCCUCUCCGGCCCAAUCCCCGACUUCUCCUCCCUCCUAAACCUCAAAACCCUAUUUCUCGACCACAACCGCUUCUCCGGCGAAUUUCCGCUUUCGAUUCUGUUCCUUCACCGUCUCCUCAUCCUCGAUUUGUCUCGCAACAAUUUCACCGGAUCUCUGCCGCAAAACCUAUCCGUUUUAGACCGGCUUGGGUACCUCCGCCUCGACUCCAACCGAUUCUCCGGCGAGAUUCCUCCGUUGAACCAGUCGACUCUGGAGCUCUUCAAUGUCUCAAACAACAACCUCACCGGUCCGAUUCCGGUCACACCGACGCUGAAAAGGUUCAGGAUCUCCUCAUUCGCGUACAAUCGAGAUCUAUGCGGCGAAAUCAUCAAUAAACCCUGCCGCGACUAUCCUUUCUUCAAUUCCCCCUCCGACGCCACGCCUCCGUCCUCGCCGCUCCUGCAAAACGCCCAAUCGCAGCCAGGAAUCACCGACAUUUCCCCUCCCGCCGAGAAACGCCAGCACAAAAUCGUAGGCCUAAUCCUAGGGCUAGUCACCGGCGCUCUGCUAGUCCUCGCCGCUGUUCUAAGCCUCGUCGCGUUAAUCAGGAAAAGGAGAGAGGAAAACGAGGAGAGAGGAGAAGAAAUUCAAUCGAAAAUUGAAAGCAAUCUCGGCGAAGAAGACGGCAAACCUACCUCAGUCAUCUUGCUCCAGACGAAUUCCGAAGACUCGGAAUUGAAAAAGGGAAAACAACCUCCGAGAAUGAUGAAAAGCGGCAAUCUCACAUUCUGUUCGGGCGAGGAGGAGCUGUACACGCUGGAGCAGCUGAUGCGAGCGUCGGCGGAGCUGCUGGGGAGGGGCACUAUUGGCACGACGUAUAAAGCGGUGAUGGCGAAUCAGGUGGUGGUGUCGGUGAAGAGAUUGGAUGCGUGCAAAACGGCGAUAACGAGCGGAGAAGCAUUCGAGCAGCAUUUGGAGUGUGUUGGUGUGCUUAGGCAUCCAAAUCUGGUUCCACUCAGAGCCUAUUUUCAGGCUAAGCAGGAGAGAUUGAUCAUAUUUGACUAUCAUCCCAAUGGAAGCCUCUUCAAUCUCAUUCAUGGUUCAAGAUCAACGAUGGCAAAGCCUCUUCACUGGACGUCAUGCCUGAAAAUCGCUGAAGACGUGGCUCAGGGCCUCGCCUACAUCCAUCAAGCGUCGAAAUUCGUCCACGGGAACCUCAAAUCCUCAAACGUCCUUCUGGGGUCUGACUUCGAGGCCUGCGUCACCGACUACUGCCUGGCCAUGCUUGCAGACACCUCGGUGGAAGAUGAUCCCGACUUCGCCGGUUACAAAGCUCCCGAGAUCAGGAAGUCCGCACGCAGAGCCACUGCCAAGUCCGACGUCUAUGCCUUCGGCAUCCUGCUGGUGGAGCUCCUCUCGGGCAAGCCCCCGUCCCAGCACCCCUUGCUCGCGCCCCCAGAUCAGGCCGACUGGGUCCGUGCAAUGAGGGACGACGACAGGGAGGAUGACAUGCGGCUGCUGAUGCUGGUCGAGGUGGCCAGCAUCUGCAGCCUGACGUCGCCAGAGCAACGGCCGACGAUGUGGCAGGUGUUGAAGAUGAUCACGAACAUAAAGGAGAUCAUGGAUGAUAGCUCGAGAGAUUUGGAUCAUGGCUGCUUGUGACUUUUGUGAAAUGGAGUUUUGGGUGCAGAUCAAGAAUCGAGAUGAGGCGAACUGCAACAAGGGUCCGACCCGGAUGCUGUAUACGGGUCGGUAUGGGUUUUGGAGUAAAAAAGAUGUGAUGUGAUGCGAUGCUUUGUAAGAUUGAAGUGGCUAUGUUUUGAAGCAUAGGUUCCGACGAGAUAAAUUUGCAAAGAACCCAGCUUUGGAAAUUGUGGCUAUACAAGAUAAUUAGCUUUAGCAUUUGUCAAUGGGGUUAAAUUUAGUGGACAUAAUUUUGGCUAUUUUA